AUGCUUCGUCGUGUUCUUCAAACGCAAAUCCUCUCAUCAUCCCGGAGAUAUGCCAAUUCUGAGAAACCAAAAAAAGGGAAAGAACAAAUUAUUUUAGAGAAAACACCAAAGGGGAAGCUUGAAGAUAAUCCAUACGAGGAUCCUAAUUUGAAGAAACAUCCAGGUGGAGUUAAUUCAAAAACAGGAGAGAUCGGUGGCCCUGCAGGACCAGAGCCGACCCGUUAUGGCGAUUGGGAACGUAAAGGAAGAGUCACAGAUUUUUAA